AUGAGCCACAGACUCUUCCUGCAGAGGGAAAUGCCUGUACCUCUAGUCGUGUCCCAAACCCCGAGGGCAAAAAUCAAUAUCAGCAUUGUCAAUGAUCCAUUCCUCUGGAAAAUCCUUACCCAGUAUCACCAUGAUAAUAUCACAAAUAGGUCAAAAAUCAGUUGUCUUCUCCAGGCAGAGCAUGGUAUAGUCAUGAGUGAAGCAACUGUUGUACGACGCCGGCAGCAAUUUGGACUCCUUGGAAGUGGGCAGCUGACUUGCUUGCUUCCACGGUCAAUCAAGCAGCAACUGGUGCUUGAUCAGCUCGCACAGGAUCCCCUUCACCGCCGUGGGCCCCAUUUAGUCCGGGAAGCAAUUGUGGUGGACACUGGUAAUCUACUGACAAGGAAAUAUGUGACGGACGAGAUGAGGCAACAUGAGCCGGACAGGUUUGCCCAAUGGGGACUUUCAAAAAAGAAGAUUUCUCAUCAGCCGCUAGUCUCGCUUGGUCUCCAUCACCAAUGGAGUGGUAAUGGGCAUGAUAAAUUGAGUAGAAUAGGUUUUCCUAUAUGGGCAAUCCGUGACCAGUGGUCCAGAAAGUGGUUGGGAAUGUGGGUCAUCCCAAACAACCGGCUCAAGACAUCAAUUGCAUACCUUUAUUUAUCCCUUGUCCAUGAGCUUGGUGGAAUGCCACUUCAAACUACGACUGAUUGCAGAAGCAAGACAACAAAUGUAUAUGGUUUUGCAACAGCUUUAAGGGAAAUAUUUUCACCAAACCUAUCAACUGACGAGUUACCUGCCCAUCGGUUUCCGAAGAGUGUUCAUAAUAUCACCAUCGAGCGUGGUUGGCUUCGUGUGCGGGUUCAAUGGGGAGAUAACAUGAAAGUUUUUUGGGAAGCGGGUGAAGAGAUUUAUAAUGAUAUGGAUCCAUGCCAGUAUGCUCUCGUUCAGUGGCUAUGGCCACGCUUAAUUCAACAAGAACUCGACACACUCAAGCAUCGUCUCAACACACACUGUGUCUCUCCGAAUGUUGCAAUAUUGCUUCACAAAGACUAUGAUGCGCAGAACUGUCUGCAGUUAGUGGAUUGCGAUGUUGUCAAGAACCUCAUGGAGGAGAUUGGUGGUGAGGAUCUCAUUCAUUUUGUUGAUUCUGAAUAUAGUGCCGCAGCGCAGUUGAUAUUUGAUGGCCUUGGAUUCACUAUCUUAACUUUCGAAAAUGUCUGGUCCAUGUUUUCAGCAAUGCUACCAUUAAUAUAG